AACCACAAUCACAGCUCCAUCGUCUCCCCCACACCCACACACUUAUAUAUACUUAUAUAUAUAUAUAUAGGGAGGGUCGACACACAGACAAAGAAACAGACAGACAGAGAAAGGGUCACCAUCAACCUCGCAAACAAAAAAACGAUUCAGAGUUCUGAUUUGCAGCUAGCACGAGUUUCCAUGGACGCAUCUUCCUCCCCUCUCCAAUUUUAAUUUCCUGCAGAGAUAAUAAUCCCAACCAUUUCAUUCAUUGGCCUACGCACCUCUCUCUCUUAUCUAUCUCUCUAUAAAUGUAAUGCUGUAUCUUCCUAGAAUUUCGCACAAAAAUGGAGCGCAACAGCAGCAGUAAUGGCGGCAACGGCUCCAAGAGCACUGACCUAAUUUCAUCCCCAAAUGCCAGCUUCGAAGUCGCCGGUGACUCUGACGACCUCGUCCAAAGAACAGGGACGUUCUGGACGGCGGCUGCGCAUGUGAUUACCGGAGUUAUUGGAGCAGGAGUGCUGUCUCUCGCAUGGAGCACGGCUCAAUUAGGAUGGAUCGCCGGUCCUCUGGCUAUCGUCGUCUUCGCCGCCAUCACUCAGGUUUCGAUUUUCCUUGUUUGCGACUGCUACAGGUCGCCGGAUCCGAUCGACGGUCCGGCGCGACACCGAUCCUUCAUUGAAGCUGUCAAGUUCUACUUAGGGAAGAAGCAGCAGCUGAUCUGUGGAUUGUUUUUGAUGGAGAGCUUCUACGGAUGUGGAAUCGCCUACACCAUUGUUACAGCUUCCAGCGUCAAAGCGAUUUUGAGGUCGGAUUGUUACCACGACAGAGGCCACGACGCUGAUUGCAGAUACGGCGACUACAAGUUCAUGCUGAUUUUCGGUUUGAGUCAGAUCAUAGUUUCUCAAAUCCCUGAUUUCCACAACAUGGCUUGGCUCUCCGUCGUCGCCGCAAUCAUGUCGUUCUGCUACGCUUCCAUCGGAUUCGGACUCGGAUUCGCAGCCGUCAUUGAAAACAAGGAGAUAAAAGGAAGCAUAAGCGGUGUACCGGGAAACACUUCUGCUCAAAAAACAUGGCAUAUUUUUCAGGCGCUCGGAGACAUCGCUUUCGCUUAUCCAUACACACAAAUCGUCCUCGAAAUUCAGGACACUCUGAAGUCGCCUCCAGCGGCAAACCAGACGAUGAAGAAGGUGACGAUGUCGGCAAUUCUGAUCACGACAUUUUUCUACCUCUGCUGCGCCUGCUUUGGCUACGCGGCGUUCGGCGACGCCACUCCGGGCAACCUCCUGACCGGAUUCGGAUUCUACGAGCCGUUUUGGCUGGUGGACUUCGCCAACGCCUGCAUCAUUCUCCACCUCGUCGGUGGAUACCAGGUAUACAGCCAGCCGGUGUUUGCAUUCGCGGAGAGGUGGAUAUCGAGGAAGUUUCCAGAGAGCAGGAAGUCAUACAAAUGGGGUGGAAUCGGGGUGAAUCCAUUGCGGGUGUGCUUUAGGACAGCGUACGUGGUGUCGACGACGGGGAUAGCGAUGUUGUUCCCGUACUUCAACCAGGUAUUGGGGGUGUUGGGGGCUUUGAAUUUUUGGCCGCUGGCAGUGUACUUCCCCGUGGAGAUGUACUUAGUGCAGUCGAAGACACGGGCGUGGUCCAGAAAAUGGGUGUUUCUUCAGGGAGUUAGUGCGCUGUGUUUUGUGCUGUCUUUGGUUGGUUUGAUUGGCUCUGUUGUAGGAUUGAUGAGAGCCAAAUUCACCUCCUCCUCAUGAACACCAAAAUAUACAUAUGUAUAUGUGUGUAUAUAUACACGGAGAGGAGAGAGAGAAGAAAAUGAUUAAAAAGGGGGGAUUUAGGUUAAUGCAGUGUUAGUUUGUUACAUUGGUUGAAGAAAAUAAUAUUGGGAAGUAUAUGGUUUGAUUUGGUUUGGUUUUUUCUUCAAAGAAAAAAUAUGUUUGUUUA